UGAGUUUCUUGGUGGACAAAACUAAGAGGAAUUAGUCUCCAACCACAAACAGGAGCCAUCAUAUGUUAUUAUUCCUCAUCAAUAAUUUUUUUGCAUAACAUUUCAUAAUCUUGGUGUUUUUACUUCUUAAAUCCUCCUUUGCAAUACUCAGACUAUAGCCAAUCGUCUAUGACUCUGUCUUUAUCAAACCCUUUUGUUUAUUCCAUUUCUAAUAUCUUGUUUGGAAUCUUCACUCAGUCAUCUAUCUAAAUUUUUAUCAUUUCAUUAUAAUACUUCUCAAUAAAUACUCAGACCACGAUGUUUACUGUUGUUCAUAUUUACAAGGGAACUUUUGAUUUAAAGCAAUAAAUUAUCAGCUUCAGUAAUCCAGCAUUGAGAAAAUUCCUCAAUGGCAGAUUUAUUUGGGAAUAGGUUGUAUAGCUGCUACAAGUGUCGGAAUCUUGUAUCACGUCAUGAUGAUAUUGUUUCUAAAGGAUUUCAGGCAACCAGUGGUCGAGCUUUUCUGUUCAGUCACGCAAUAAACAUUGUAGAAGGGCCUAAAGAAGACCGUCAUCUAAUAACUGGUCUUCACACAGUAGCUGAUGUAUUCUGCUCUGAUUGUGGAGAGAUUUUGGGUUGGAAGUAUGAACGUGCUUAUGAUGAAUCACAGAAGUACAAGGAAGGCAAAGUUGUGCUUGAAAAUUUUAAGAUCGUCAAAGAAAAUUGGUAGCCAUAUCAGUAGUUUUGAGUUUGUUCAUGUUGGACCUGUCCAGAAGAAUUAAUUUUUUUCAAGUGAAUGGUUUAAGUCACUAGUUUUCAGCAUAUAUGGAAGUUUUAAGGCAUAAAUGCCAUAUA